CUUCGCUGCGUGAGCAGAGCACUCCGGUGACGCAUGAGUUCUACGAUGCCUUUGCCAACGUGACCGAUUUCCAGUGGCUCGACCGGGACCUGGACCUCGGCGAGAUAGGUGGUCCGUCGUUCUUCAGCCCGCCGGACUACAUCUAUCGCACCGAGUACUACGUGAUGUACCUGGCAUGGUCGGCCUCCGGGGAGGGUCGCUCACAGAUGGGCGCCAUCGUCCCGGUGGGCAUCAACCGGGUGGACGUCUGGGUCGACACGCCCCUGGAGAACUGGACGCACGUCCUGGUCUACGUGCGUUCUCCGCUCUUCGAACAGACCACGCCGGUGGCUCAAGCCAUCUCCGACACCUACCUGACGGUGGGGACCACGAGCGUUUUAUCAGUGGGAAGGAAGGUGUGUCUGAAACUGGGGAAUUUAAGGGUCUAA